UUCCUCGUUCACAUAAGCCCUCCUUUUCUUUGGCCCUUCUCCGUUUCUAUUCUUUCCUUGCUUAGUUCCUCAAAAUUUACACUUCUUUUUUUCCUGCUGAGCUAGCUGCUUCUUCUUAGUUCGAGCUGUAUGCAAUCGUUGGUGCUUUGAUUUUCAACUUUAAAGAAAAAGCCAGUGGAAGAAAUUGAAGUGGUAGAAGUGGGGAUUAUUGUAAAAGGAUAAAAAAGAGGAGGUGGCGGGUGAUGAUUGAUGGGCAGUAGAACGGUGAAUAUUGGUAUAGAAAAUGACAAGAAAGCUGUAACAGCGAUGCCGAGCUACGUUCCUUCAGUACCCACUUCCAAUCCCAGAUCCUCUAUUUAAUCAAAUAAAGUCAAGUACCCCAAGCAAUAGCAGAUGCUGAAUUUGGUGCUAUAAAUAAGAGUUCUCUGUGCGUGUGUGUGUUUGGGUGGGGGGAUGAAGACGCUUGCAUCUGCAGACAACAAUCUCUCUGCUGCCAUUGUGGGCUCACAAACAUUAACGCUUAAAAAGGAUACCCCACCAAAUCUUGUAUCUUUAUCAGCUGGUCGGGAGAAUUGGGAGAAUUCCAAUAUGGCAGAUGCCAGUCCUAGGACUGAUACUUCAACAGAUGACACUGAUGAGAAGAAUCAAAGGUUUGAAAGAGGUCAAACAAAUGCUAUUGUGGCCUCUGAUUCUAGUGACAGAUCAAAGGAUAAAACAGAUCAGAAGACAUUGCGUAGGCUUGCUCAAAAUCGUGAGGCUGCAAGAAAAAGCCGGUUAAGGAAAAAGGCAUAUGUGCAGCAGCUUGAGAGUAGCCGACUGAAAUUGACUCAACUUGAGCAGGAGCUGCAGAGAGCUCGUCAGCAGGGCAUAUUUAUUUCAAGCUCAGGAGAUCAAUCCCAUUCAAUGAGUGGAAAUGGUGCCCUGGCAUUUGAUGUUGAGUAUGCACGGUGGCUGGAGGAGCACAAUAGGCAGAUAAAUGAGUUAAGGGCUGCAGUCAAUUCACAUGCUGGUGACACCGAACUUCGCACUAUUGUUGACAAUGUCACAGCACAUUUUGAUGACAUUUUCAGGUUGAAAGGCAUUGCAGCAAAAGCUGAUGUUUUCCAUGUCUUAUCAGGAAUGUGGAAAACACCAGCGGAGCGGUGUUUUCUGUGGAUUGGUGGCUUCCGUUCAUCUGAGCUUCUUAAGCUUCUUGCGAAUCAAUUGGAGCCUCUAACUGAGCAACAGUUUAUGGGUAUCCACAACUUGCAGCAAUCAUCCCAACAGGCUGAAGAUGCUUUGUCACAAGGGAUGGAAGCAUUGCAACAAUCUUUGGCUGAGACGUUGACCAAUGGCUCGCCUGGUCCCUCGGGAUCAUCGGGGAAUGUGGCAAACUAUAUGGGUCAAAUGGCCAUGGCCAUGGGAAAGCUAGGGACCCUUGAGGGGUUUGUUCGUCAGGCUGAUAAUCUGCGACAGCAAACACUGCAACAAAUGCACCGUAUCUUGACCACUAGGCAAUCAGCUCGUGCCCUUCUUGCAAUAAAUGACUAUUUUUCUAGGCUUCGAGCUCUCAGUUCUCUCUGGUUGGCUCGACCACGGGAGUGAGAAGUAGAUAUAUUCCAUUGUUUGAAGUUACUCUCAAGAUUGACUGUCCUUUGAUCAAAUUUUAAUCGUGUUCUCCUGGAGCAAUGCUAUGGUUUCAUGUGGGUAAAUUGCUCUUCUUCGACUUUUGACAUCUUCAAGGAUGCAACUGUGGUGCAACUUGGUCACUUUGUUGUAUCUAUAGGUACUUGUUUUACAGUUGUGUUGGGAGGUGGGCUUAUCUUUUUGAAUGAACUUUCUUCUCCCUUUCUGAUCGAAAAGCUUGUUUUACGAAACCUUUUUCAUGUUCCAAACAUGCAUACAAUAGUUACACAACGAUUUCUUUGUUCUCGUCAUUAUGGACUGGCCAUAAGAGUCUUCCAUGUUUAAUUACACGUUCCAAAAUCUUUAGA